AUGACGCCAUACAGACAAACCAACAGUAUUGGUUAUGAAGAAACAUGUUUCAACUAUCGACUUUGCCGUGCCAGGCGCGUAGUAGAAAACGCAUUCGGGAUCAUGGCAAAUAGAUUCAGGAUUUUCCUAACGCCAAUAGCUACUAAAGUGGAUACAGUUGAUGAUAUCGUUAUGGCAUGCCGUGUUUUACACAACUUUUUACGCCGCAAAAGCACUUCUUACAUACAACCUAGUAACAUCGAUACUGAAGACAUUAUCUCAGGGACUGUAUUGAUAGGUGAUAUGCACAUGAAUGGAGAACUAAUAUCAUUAGAUGUGUCCAGGCAAGGAUCUCCGACUAUUGACGCAAAGAUGAUACGAAAUGGAUAUAAAGAAUAUUAUAAUAAUGCAGGUGAAGUUGACUUUCAACACAAAUUUGUAUAUUAA